GACUUCUAUUAUAUGUAAACUUAUGGAAACUAUAAUAAGAUCCAAAAUGGAAAAUUACCUAUAUGGUAAUGGUAUCCUGGGAGACAGUCAGCAUGGUUUUAGGAAAGGGAGAUCGUGUCUAACUAACCUGCUUGAUUUUUUGUGAGGAUGCAACAUCGAGAAUGGAUCAUUGCAAAGCAUAUGACAUGGUUUAUUUUACAGAGAAUUGUGAGGGUCUGGAACCAACUCCCCAGUAAUGUUGUUGAAGCUGACACCCUGGGAUCCUUCAAGAAGCUGCUUGAUUCUGGGAUCUCGUUUACGAACAACCAAACGAGCAAGAUGUGCCGAAUGGUCUCCUCUCGUUUGUAAACGUUCUUGUGUUCUUCUGAUGCUGCGCUCUGAUGGCUGUGUGUCUUCAGCUGCCUGCUGGUUUUUAAACGCUGGGAACAGCAGCACGUGUGCUCCCAGGGAAUGAGCCGUCUGUUUAUAGACCCUCAGUAACCACACAGAUGGAAAAUGGUUAUAAAAUCCCCAAAAUAGCACAGGCCAGCAUCCAGGAAAACACACACACGGCUCAACGACAGGGCCUUGCAGUGAGCCAGCGAACCCUGCAGCCUAGCGGGUGGAGUCCCUGUGAUUAACUCCGAGGACGGCCCUUAUCCAGGGCGACUCACAGCUGUUACAAAAUAUCACAGUACAGAGUAGCACAGUACAGAGAAGAGCAGUCAAGUGAAAUCAGUAGAAAAUAAGAUCAAAUUCAAAUAAGAGCAAAAUGAAGAAUACAGUAAAUAAUUACAUUUAAGAGCGAGUUCAACGAGAGCAGUUAAACUGAUAGUAAAAAUGUUUGCUUGUAAGAGUAAAUUCCAUUAAGAGCACGCAGUAAGUCUGAUAAAUGGAUAAGAACGAUUUCAAAUAAGAGCAAUUGCAAAUAAAAAAAAAACAUUGACAGGGUUUGGUUUGUACAGAUGCAUGUCCAGUAAUUAUUCUUGCUGUGUUGAACACAUGGAAUGCAUAACUCUUGGACUACUAAUUUUCUCCACUGUGCUUAAGGGUGUGUGUGUGUCUCUGUGUGUCACUGUGUGUGUGUGUCAGUGUGUGUGUGUGUGUGUGUGUGUGUGCGCGUGUCACUGUGUGCAGGGUGAAGUCAGUGAUAGCAAGCACAGAAGUGCUGGACAUUGCUGUCUUGAAGCUGUUGGUUAUCACCUGCCUGUCAAGACCAGGGCCAGGUCAAUAUCAUGGCCAGCCUUCACCUUGCAGUAAAUAUACAUGCAGCCUUGAUAGUGAAGUGUGGUGGGGAGGGCUUGCUAAGAUGAGAAGCUCGGUAGAACGCAACGCAUGCUUUUACUUGUAUUACUUGUAUUGUAACGCUUGAAAUGUUUUUGCUUACGAUUGUAAGUCGCCCUGGAUAAGGGCGUCUGCUAAGAAAUAAAUAAUAAUAAUAAUAAUAAUGCUUUUACAUUUCAGGAGCAGGCUUUGUGGAAGCUGCUUUGUUGAAAUGGGCUAGUCAUUGUUUUGUUGAGUUGCUGUUCCCCAUGCACAAUGCCUUCAGUGAGGCUCUAUUUCAGCUUGCAGAUCCCCCAUUACUAGCUCUAUGUCUUAAUGUCCUUGAGGGGGAACAACGUUACAAUUCAGCACAACAACCCCUAAAAGAAAAGGUCAGCUGGUGUGAUGCUUGAUAAAUCUAUCAUGAAAGCAACCCAGCAAAUAUUUGUGUUCCUGCAGAUUAAACAAACAGGUGACGAUAAGCUUGAAUAAUGAGUCAAGAAUGUUGCAUAAGAUGGGGUGAGGCGAGCCUGCGCAGGGAUGAUUUCCAUCCCCUGCUGCACAUACAAGGGUGAGCCCCUUUAGGGUGAUAUAAGUAGCUGCACGGGGAUGCUCUGGACUGCCGAACACACCUCAACAUGACCAACAGCCUGCUACUGCUGCUCCUGGCCGGUAAGAAACCCUAGAGAACAGCGGCUGCAAGUUCAUGUACCUUAGCACUGGAGCAGCAGCUAGCAGCCUUGGUGUGUGCGUGCGUGCGUGUGUGUGUGUGCAUGUGUGUGUGCAUGCGUGCGUGUCUGCGCUCUCAGGACAGACACAAAGCCUGCUUCCUUGCUCACUCUUGCUCUCCACAGUGUCUGUGGCUCAGGCUGCCUUGCUGCCCAGAGCCCUCUGGCAGUUCGGGAACGUGAUCAAGUGUGCCGUGUCCACGAACAACCCCUUCAAGUACAACGACUAUGGCUGCUGGUGUGGCUUCGGGGGCUCAGGGACACCAGUCGAUCAGGUGGACAGCUGCUGUAAGGCUCAUGAUAUGUGUUACCGCGAGAGCCGCAGUAUCCCAGCGUGCCGCCCCUUGGUCGACAGCCCUUACAUCAAGGUGUACGACUACACCUGCACCAACAAACAGGUGACCUGUGACAGUUCUAACAGUGCCUGUCAGAUGUUUAUCUGUGAGUGUGACCGUGUGGCAGCUCACUGUUUCUCCCAGGCUCCCUACAACGAGCAGUUCAAGGGCUUUGACAAAAAGAAGCACUGCGAUGCCUGAUCAACCACAGCAAUGCACAACCCGACAGCAAGACCCCACCAACGCUCAAGAAGCCCGGGCGCUCCACCACCCCCCCAGGGCCCCCCAUCCUCGGGACCCUCCCACCCCACUCUGCACACCUGCACACACUGUAUGUUUGCUCUCUGAAAAAGACCACUUCUGUUGCCAUAUGAUUUAUCUUGUCCCAAGAGACCGUAAACACUGUACUGUGAAACACUUAUCAGAAAAAUCUCACAGGAUAAAACAGACUCCAGUUUUGCAACCAAAGACCCCAAAACAGUGUGUGUGCUUGUGCUGUAAUGUUGUAUCAAUAGAAACAGAAACACUAAAUAAAGAAAUGCAUCUAAAAAAAAUGAAUAUGUUU